UUGUGGCCUAAAGAAAUGAGCCGCUCGGGGCUCGCCCUGCGCUGCCGGGAAGCCGAAAUGCCUGCGGGAUCUGCCCGCUGCCUCCCUGCUCUGCUCCUGCUUCUCUCCUCCGUGCCCCUGUGGGCCGCCGGGAUCUCCUGCAGGAAUGAAGACGGGGAGACGGUGGAUUGGUUUGCUCUUUACAAGUUGCCAAAACAUGCCAAAGGACAGAUUCCCAUGCUGGGACUGGAAUACCUGUACAUGGACGCCCUGGCUCCGCAGUGGCAGCUUGGUAAAUACCUCAUCAACAUGACACAGGGUGCUCUGGGACAAACACUGCAGCAGCUGUAUGAGACGUAUGAAUCCAAGAGGAACACCACUGCAUAUGCGAUAUACAACGAUGAGAUCCCUGAACCAGACUCCAAAGGGUCAAAGUGUGGACACACCAAAGGAUUUCUGCUCUUGGAUAAAUCACAAGGCUUCUGGGUGAUUCACAGUGUGCCCCUGUUCCCUCCCAUCCCUGAGGAUGGUUAUGGAUAUCCAUCUACUGGGGAGUCCUUUGGACAGACAGCCAUCUGUAUAACCUUCAAAUAUGAUCAGUUCACAGAAAUAGACCAACAGAUGCUGAGUUAUAAUCCAGGAAUCUACAGCUGUUCCAUCCCUGACAUCUUCCAAGCUGAUCUCCCAAAUCUCCAGAAACUCUGUGCCAAGUCCAGGCUGCCCUCGGUCCCUUUGCGCCACCUCUCCAAGCUCCAGUCAGCUCAUGGGGAAACCUUUCUCCACUUUGCAAAGUCUCACUUGUUCAUAGAUGAUAUUUAUGUGGCCUGGAUGGCUCAGGAACUGAAGACUGAUUUGUUGGCUGAAUCAUGGCAGCGUUCUGGUGAAAAGCUUUACUCAAAUUGCUCUCUUGACUACCACGUCUACAACAUAAACAUCAUAGGGAUGCCAUUGAACUCCACCUUUCAUUCCAUUAAUGACCAUUCCAAAUGGGCUGUUUCAAAGAAGUACAAAGAUCAGUGGACAUGCAUUGGGGACUUGAACCGUGCUGCUGAGCAAGCUUGGAGAAGUGGUGGGUUCAUCUGUACCCAGAAUGAACAGAUCUACAAAGCUUUCAGGCAUCUGAUAAUCCACUAUGAAAACUGCACUUCUGCUCCCAGAGAGCUAUAACAAACCAUUCCUGCCAACCAGCACAGCCCUUGCUACAUGGGAAGUGUAGGAAAUGUCUCCCUUCAACUGUACUUUCACUCUGAAAAUCAGCCCUGUGAGUUUCCAGAUGUGCUAAGCACAUCUUGUUAGCUGUAGGAGCAGGUGGUGUGCAGGUGAAGGGCAGCUGUUUUCCUGUGGUGUGGGGCCCUCUGGGGCUGUGUGCUGGGCCCUGCUCUGCUCCCCUGGCUCCUCUCAGCAUCCCCACCAGGCUGGGACUGGAGGGAUGCUGCUGCAUGGGGCUGCACCAAAGCACAUCUCUGUGAGCACCCUUCACGGGUAUCCCUGGGCACCUUGGGAGUGGGGCUGGAUGUGGGACAGGAGGGACAACAGAAACCUCUCUCAUGAGCUGGGCUGUCAGGACUGGGCUGGUAGUAAGGGAUAAGUACUCCCAAAUACUUCAAAACUGCCCUGAAUUUCUGGCACUGUUGAGAUAAAUCACAGCAUUUCUGCUCAGCUUGGGCUAAAUCUCUAAAAGAGCUGAGAAGAUUAGAUCCAGACAAGGAGAUGAGUAGAUCUGAAGACAGGAAGACCCCAUCUUCAUAUGAUUCACUUUUAGAGAAUUAAUAUACUUUAAAUCAUCUUUAAAUGAUCUGUAAUCAAUAGCUUGGGAAUAUUUCUAGCGCUUUUAUUCAUGUACAGCAAUUUUAUAAACAAAUAAACAUGUCUAAAGUAUGAAUAAGCAAAAUAAGGAGUAACAAUGGUGUAUUUACAGUAUCCCUCUUCCGUCUGUAUAGUUAUUUGUGGUUGGUUACAGUGCUUUGUAGGUGCCAAGGGAAAAUGGAGACAAUUAGGAAAAAAAAUAAAGAGAAGAAUAUAUUUGAAGAAAGGUGUUAUUUAACCUACAUUUUCACAUUGCAACAAGUGCAGCUGUUAAUUUUCAAUAUCUCUAGUCUCAGGCUCAGGACCUGAAGUUUACAUGGUCUUGCUAUAAAGACAAAGGUGACUGGCAAAACCCCAGUACACUCUCAUGUUCAGAUUUCAAAAGUGUAUCUGUGUUUAAUGUGUUCCUAAAUAUAUUUAUAUGUUUCUAUCUCAUUUUUUCCUGAAUUGGUAAUAUAAACUCCAGUCUGAAGA